AUAUAUAGAUAUGUAGUGAAGUGGAAGAUAUGUGUAUUAUUAGCUAGGGCAAGAAAAUAACGAAGAUGGAAGGAAAGAGAGCGAUAGGUAGGUCAUCAAGAGCUUGUGUUGUGUUGUUGGUGGCAUUAAUGGGUGUUGUUGUUAUGUGGAAUGCAGGGAGUGUUGGGGCUCUCACAGAAGCUCAGUGCCAUGAAGAGAGGAAUAUAUUGGUGAGUGCAUGUAAGCCUGUGCUGACAAGAAAGCCCCCAAGCCCAUUUUGCUGUGAAAGAGUGAGGGUUACCCAUGUUGAAUGUGUUUGUUCUGUUAUUACACCUAAACUGGCACCUCUCAUCGAUGUUAAUUAUGCUAUCAAAGUCGUUCAGGGUUGUGGACGCCAAGUCCCUCGCCAUUACAAGUGUGGAAGUAUCACCACGCCCUGAGCUGGACAAAGCAAUGUUUAGACUUCAGAGAAGCACUCUAUUGCUACUGAUGUAGUUUUUAUAUGAUAAGUAUGUUUUAAUUUUAUGUGUGUGUGUGUGUGUGUGAGGGAGAGAGAGAGAGUUAUGUAUGAAACUUCAGCAUAAACAAAUUAAAUAAAGGAAGUGAAUUAAGUUAAGCAUGCCAUAAAUUGCAGACUUGUUGAUUUAUCUAUAUAUUGGGAAUAAACAAAUUCUUCUUCUUCUUCUA